CCGCUCCUCCGCUGCUCGGUUUGUUUUCCGGGUGAUGCUGCUCUUCUCUUCAAAGCAGAGGAAAGUCGGGGGCUCAUGUGUCAACAUCCAGGGUUUCCCCGGGGAGGUGAACGUUCGCGUUAUUCUAAAAAAACCCCGAUGUUCCUUUGAGAAGACCGCUGUAUUUUUUGUUAGCGUAUUCAUCCUCGGUAGCAGCGGUUUGUCCGACUGCAAAGACCAGAAGACGAUCCUCGGCUCCUGCUGCUUAGACGUUAGCUAACGUUAUUUUAAACGAUGACAGAGUAUAAAGUGCGAAUAGCGUCUCCAAUCAUUUAAUAAUAUCAGGGGACCUGUUAGCUUAGCCAGCUAGCUUGGUAAUUCGAUUAGAACAAGGAAACACGACGAAACACACUGCUGACAUGAUGUUUCCUCAAUCAAGGCACUCGGCGUCCUCUCAGUCCAGUCAACCUCUCAAGUUCACCACUUCUGACUCCUGUGACCGCAUCAAGGAUGAGUUCCAGUUCCUGCAAGCACAGUACCACAGUUUGAAGUUGGAAUGUGACAAACUGGCCUCUGAAAAGUCAGAGAUGCAGCGUCACUAUAUCAUGUACUACGAAAUGUCCUAUGGGCUGAACAUUGAAAUGCACAAACAGGCUGAAAUAGUGAAGAGACUGAAUGGGAUCUGUGCUCAGGUGCUGCCUUACCUGUCCCAGGAGCAUCAACAGCAAGUCAUGGGUGCUAUAGAGAGAGCCAAGCAAGUCACACCACCUGAGAUGAACUCCAUCAUACGGCAACAGCUCCAGGUGCAACACCUGUCCCAGCUGCAGGGCCUGGCCCUGCCUGUGACUCCGAUGCCCCUGGGCCUCACCCCUCCCACCCUGCCUGCCGUCUCCUCCAGCUCCGGCCUGCUCUCCCUCUCCUCCAUCCUGGCCAACUACUCCCACGGUCAGGCUCAGGCAGUGAAGGAGGACAAAGCACGGGAAUCCACUGAGCGAGCGCCCCGAGGAGAGGAAGGAGACAAGUCAGACUAGUGCAGACGCAACAAGAAGGUUUGGAGGGGGAUGUGAAAUGUCAAAACAAAGAAAGGUGUAACUGUAAAUGUGGAGUGUUGUAAGUCUGAUGUAGAGGUGUUACUGCAGGGAUGAAGACAAGCAGAGAGGACAGAGUUCAUACUUUUGGAUGUGCAGAGAACGAAACUGCUGAGUGGCUGAGAGUGAGAGUUAAAUGUUCUUAUUAUUUAGUGGUAACUGACUCAGUUCCGGCUUCUAGACAUUAAAUAGAUGUUUUUUUUAGCGUAAGCCACUUUUGUUAGGCUUAAUCAAGAUAAACGUUGUCCCAUUUGGAUUGAGAACUGAGGAUGAACAGCAGUGUCCUUUACAUGGAUCUGCCACUCACAGGUUUAUAUUUCUUACAGUUUAUUUUUUAAUCGUCAAAUCUGUUUUUGGUGUUUUUUGCUGUUGUUUCUCGCUGGCAACAGUCUGCCAGUCACAGUAAGCAGUUUUAACAACAUCUCAGUUCCCUCUUACAUUUUCCUUUACUUGUAAGUUAGAGAGGCUCCAUCAUGUUUUUUUCCCCCAAGUGAAGAAUGCAGUUGGAGCUGUUUGGACCGUGAUACCAUUCAUUUAAAUAUGUGGAGCCAAAUUAAAUCUUAGUCUGAUUUUAGAUUGGAUGUUUUUAAAGGGACAUUUUACUCGUCAGGUGCAUUAAACCCCUUCAGAUGUAAAUCAUGUGACUUUUCACCAUUUUCCUUCGUAUGACCAACCACUGGAUGCGUAACCUUAGCUGUGUACCUCAAUCCCAAAUAAGUGGGAUUAUAUAACAUUUAAAAAACAUAAUUUGUACAAAUGGUAGUAUACCCAUCUUGGGGGGUUAAUUUGUGUUUCAUUGGCCCAGCUGCUGCUGCUGCUACGCACUGCAUGGCAUGGACCAUGACUGGUCUUUAAAUGACAAGAAUUUAAGCUCUGAAAACAAUUGACUUUAUUUUGAUAUGUUGUUUUUUGUGACAUUAAAGACAGGCUAAUUAGACAUUCAAAAUGUGUCUGUGUGUGCUGGAGUGAAUGUGAUCAGAGAGAAGAAAACACUUGUUUAAUUUAAUUUAAAGCACCUUUUGUAUUUUCCCCAACCCCCCAACUGCUCCCGGUCCUUCCUCGUACUGAUCCACUCAGUAACUGACCAAGACGAACUUGAACAGGAGCUAAACUUCAGAACAAGAUAGCCGUAAAAGACGUUCUGUUCUGUACCUCUGUAAGUUAGCACACUUCAGUUUAUACUGAGACUGUAUCAAGCACCUGUCUUUUCCUGUCUUGUUUAACUUGUGUGUGAUUGUCAAUUUUUUUUUAAAUUUUAAAAUUGUUUAAAUGAAGAACGUGUGUCUGGUGAGAUGCUAAAGCUCUGUAAACAUCAAACAAGCAUUCCCUACGAAAGCAAUGAACACAUUUAAGUAAUGGAAUCACUGAAGAAAACUGAUUAUAGAUAUAUGAAUAUAUAUCAGGAACCAAUCCUUUGUGAACGCACAACAUACUCAAAACCUUUUCAGAAUUUAUUUGUAGGGACUGAAGUCGACUAAAGGUGUCAGAAGUGCUUCUCGGUGCCUCUCCAACACUUUUCAGACAUUGUAAUUGAAGUAUCUCCGUCUGACAAUUCCUGUAAUUUUAUAAAACCGGCUUUCACACUUUAAUUCAGGUUCUCUUUUUAUCUACUUUGCUGAACUGUUUCUGUCACUUUUUACAAGACUAGUGUGUGCUACCAUAUUAACAUCUUUCAGGAAAGACUGUCUGAAGAGUGUGAGCUGUAAUCCUCAUGUUUAAGCGAUCAUUGCCAUAGUGCAGCAUGCAAACACUUGUUUCCCCUUCCUCUUGUAGAAGUUCUUGUUUAACAUAACCUGCUUUGACUAAGCAGGUUUUGAGUAUGUAGUGUGUUCAAACUGGAAAAGUGAUAAAGUAUGCCCAAAACAACCAGUACACAGUAUAAAAAAAGUAUUGAUGGCAAACAAUAUUAUCCCACAGUGCAAUGCACAAAGGAAAUGGAGGAGCUGCUUUGGCCAUCUACUAAUGGUAGAUUGUGGUGAAACGGCUUUAGGAACACCUCAGAAAAGCGGAUUUAUGUUAAUUUUAACUGGCAGUGGCUUUCUAAAUUUGCAGUGUAACUGACCAAAGGGAGCAAGUUUUGUCAUAAGAAUGAACUGGUAAGCUUGUUGAUUUAUUUGAUACUAACUGCAAAACAAUAAUAUUGUUUAUUAGGGCUAUGUGAUAUGAAGAUGUACAGUAUAUUGUGCAUACUUUUUGCAGAAAUCAGUUCCAUCAUUUGGGUGACACUUGGCAUUCAUCUCCAUGGCAUGGAUACAGACAUUAAAUUUGCAUGAACCAACACAAAGAAAAACUUAACAACUUUGAAAAAAAUAAUCAGAUACGAGUAGGUACCUUAUACUUGUCAAGUACAUGAUUUUAAAAAUGUAAGACGAAAUAGGCCUUUCCAAGAAUUUAUACAUGAGACUGAUGGUAUGGCACAGCCCUAUCCAUACUGUGUGCAGCUAGUGUGGAGUUGGGACACAGCUGAGGUUUGUGGUUGGGAAAUAAGAAUGUUCAUGUUUGAGGCAGCAGAGGGCAGCAGAGGGCAGCAGUGCUCACGUAUUUGUAGUUGGUGUGAAGUUACGUUCAUGAUACUGGUGUACACUAUAUAGACAAAAGUACUGAAUCACCUGACCCUUACACCAGCAGGGACUUUAAUGACAUUGCAUCCUAAAUACAUAGACAGCUUAGCAUCCAUGAGCUUCCACUCUGGGAAGGCUUUCCACACGAUUUUAGAGAAUUUCUGUGGGAAUUGUAGCCUGUUCAUGCAGUAAAGCAUCUGUGAUGUUGUAUGAAAAGGCCUGGCUCACAAUAUCUGUUCCAAUUCAUCCCCACUCUACGGGCCAGUCAAGUUCUUCCACACCAAACUCAUCCAACCAUGUCUUUAUUAACUUUGCUUUGUGCGCUGGGGCACAGUCAUUCUGUAAUAGAAAAGGUUCUUCCCCAAACCGUUGCCACAAAGUUGGAAGCAUAGCAUUGUCCAAAAUGUCUUUGUAUGCUGAAGCAUUAAGAUUUCCCCUCACUGGUAGUGAAUACUACUUUUGUAUAUAUAGUGUAUGAGUUCCAGGUCAGCCUGCUGUGCUCAUGUUGGUGCCACUGGCGUUCUCCUUUGGUCUUCAUUUCCUUGUUGUGGGUCAGGAAUAUGUAUGCUUGCAGGUGUACCUGUUAUUCCCCGGUAAUGUGAAUGCUUUUCAGAGCUUUGACAGCCCACCUUUUAACAUCUGAGCAUCUCUGAGCUCGGACCUUAAACAUUUCCCGUCUGUAUUUUAAUUUGAAAAGCACUUAAGUUGUGGCUCAGUGCUCUUUUUGUUGUUUGUUUAUUCUUCUUCUUCCUGUCUGUGCUAGUGUUGGGGAGCUGAAGAUCUUCCUUCCCUGGAGAUUUGACCUUAAUAUAUUGAGUGUGAGAACAGAUCAGUUCGUUAUUUGCACUCUUUAUGCUGAUGUCAGUCUCUGUAGAAAACCUCUUUUGGCAAAACUGAGACAUAUGAAUGGUAUGUGUGUUUGUUUUUGCUGUGAAGGGCCAAUUUGUAUACAUAUGAAUAUAUCAAUAUACAUAUUUUUUAAAGCAUUUUUGUAUGUUUCAAAGCUGCUUUUUAAUGUGUGUGUAUCAUGGAAGACUUUGUGUCUGGUGUCGUGUGUGCAUUAUAAGCCUACAGUUAAGAGAGGCACAAUGUUGUAUACCAUAUCGUUUGUCCUGUUUUUUCUCCCAUUCUCUCAGUAGGCAGUAACACUUAACAUUGUUUCCUAGGUUUGUAAAUGUUUUAUCUUUUUUUUUUUGUGCAAACAAAACCCAGUAUAAUGUGUUUAUGAACACAGAUUUUAAGAUACCUGGGGCAAAAAAUAAGAGAGAUGUAGACAAGCAGCUGUGUACUCUAAUGAGAAUGAAUCAACCUUUUAGCAGUAAGGAAGCUUCUCUGGUGCCUUACAAAUAAAAGACGUGAUUGAGAGUG